CAUGUGUUUUACCUGUGUUCCUAUUUUACUUGUGUUUGGCAUGCAUUUGUUUUACUGGUUUCCCUGUAUUUCACCGGUGGUCACCGUAUUGUGCCGUGUGUUCUACCUGAUUGCCAGUGCGGUAACCUGUGUUCAACUGUGUUCCCAGGUGUCUGUUCAGCCCUUCAUCAAUACUAUUUUGUCGAUAAGAGCCUGACCUGGAGCGAUGCCCAGAGCCACUGCAGGCAGUACGGUGGUGAUCUGGCCACCGUACACGGCCCGGAGAACCAGACGAGGUUGGUGGAAUUAGGUCGCAAGUACAACUCCCAUCUCUGGAUAGGGCUGUACGACGAUGUCGAAUCCUGGACAUGGUCGCUGUCGGAGAACGCUAAUUAUAGCGGCGGGGAGGUGGAGCCUUGGAGCUGGCCCUGGAGGGGACACGAGCCAAACAACGUUAAUGGCAGGGAAGGAUGCGUCGCAAUAAAUAUAGCAACAUACAAUUGGGUCGAUGUCAAUUGUAAUGUUGAAUUGUUGUUCUUUUGCUUCGACAACAACACAAAAGAUGCUACGCUCGCUGAUUCCGGUAUUGUCCUCAUCCAGAGUAAGAAGAGUUGGUGGGAUGCCCAGUCGUACUGCCGUGAACACCACACAGACCUGCCCAGCAUAAGGAACUUGGAGGAGAACAGUUUGUUCUCUAAAAUGAAUAAUCCCAAAGCAAAUAUAUGGAUUGGACUGCACCGGAACCUUUGGAGUACGUGGUCAGAUGGGAGCGACUCCUCGUACAGAGACUGGAGGCACAGAAUGCCCAACAACACUGAAAGGACCUUGACCAACUGCGCUAUGGCUCAUAUCUACUAUGGUUGGCAAUGGAGAGAUUAUUCCUGUCACCUGAAGUUCAAAUUUAUUUGUAGCGCGGUUCCAGCCAUGAAGCAGUCGUUCAGAAUAAAGUUCAGCUCGACAGACAUCGACCCCAAUGACCCUGAAUUGAGUGAGGCGAUCCUCAAACAGUUGCACGGGAAGCUGAAGGAGAAGAUGGUGAACGAAGACCUCAAUCUGACUUGGACGAAGGCCCCAGACGGAGAGAUCUUCCACAACACACGCAAAGACGAGAAACAACAACAUCCUGAAUCUACAGCAACCUCUUCAACUAACCCACUGGUUCCCACCCUGUUUUGCCCUCUCAACUGAUUUUAGCGUUGUUUUAAUCAAAAUCUGCUGUUUUGCCACAUGACCUGAUUUUAGGGUUGUGAUUUUAAAGUUCUGCGUUCACAUGAUCAGCGCAUGUUUAGAGGACGAUUCCGGUAUUAACAACAUCACGAAGUAUCGUAGCGAAAUACAGUUUCUGUUGUGUUUUAUUUGGCGUUCCGUAAAUCCCAUUGAAACGGAAACCGGAACCGGACAUGUUUAUGUGUGGUUGUAGUCUUUUCGCUCGGUUCUCCGUAUCAACAGUAGGGCUAGAACCGAGCGAAAAGAUUACAAGCAACCCCCCUUGCAAUAAGCAAUGAGUCUUCCAACCGAAAUCAAUGGAUUUACAAAAUGCCAAAUAAAACACGACAGAAACUGUAUUUCGCUAUACCAUACUUGAUGAAACAAAAGAAGAUGAGGGUGUCUGCAAUUGCCUUGGGAGAGAGUAGACUCUAAACUCUCCCCAGGCAAUGCAGACACCCUGAAUUGUAAAUCCAGGGUUAGGGAUUAUUUACUAUCCAUGUUAAAAAGAGGAAGGAAUUA